GGAAAACUGACUGAACACCUCCAUCAAAUUAUUUUUAGAAUUAGAAAAUAAGGAAGAGGGAAAUCUGUUCGGUUUUGCCUGACAUUGUUGCCAUUCCAGCAAGGGAACGAACGAAGCAACAACAAUAUCCUCAUUUUCUCUUUUUUCUUCUACUUCUCUCUUCUCCGGAAUCGAUUCGUAUUCAGAGAUCUAUCUCUCUCAUCACCGGCUUUCCAUUGAAUCGAUCCAUCUCUCAGUUAGAUCCAACCGUGUUAUCAUCUUCUUCCUCAUCCUUACAAUCAAUGGAUUCAGUGGAGGCUAUCGAGGAGUUGGCUCAGUUGUCCGACUCCAUGCGGCAAGCUGCCGCUUUGCUUGCCGAUGAGGAUGUCGAUGAAACUUCCACCUCCGGUGCUUCCUCUCGUAGGCCUUCCACUUUCCUCAACGUUGUUGCCCUCGGAAAUGUGGGAGCUGGCAAAUCUGCGGUUUUAAAUAGCUUGAUUGGACAUCCUGUUUUGCCAACUGGGGAAAAUGGUGCUACUAGGGCUCCCAUAAGCAUUGAUUUACAGAGGGAUGGCUCAUUGAGCAGCAAAUCAAUCAUCUUGCAAAUCGACAAUAAGUCUCAGCAAGUUUCUGCAAGUGCUUUGCGACAUUCUCUGCAGGACAGAUUGAGUAAAAGUUCAUCUGGCAAGAGCCGAGAUGAAAUCUACUUGAAGCUUCGAACUAGUACAGCACCACCGUUGAAAUUGAUUGAUUUACCUGGGCUUGACCAGCGGAGCGUGAGUGAAUCAAUGAUUAGUGAAUAUGGUGAGCACAAUGAUGCCAUUUUGCUAGUCAUUGUACCUGCCUCUCAAGCUGCUGAGAUUUCUUCAACUCGUGCACUCAGAAUGGCAAAGGAAUAUGACGGUGAAGGAACUAGAACUAUUGGGAUAAUUAGUAAAAUAGAUCAAGCUGCUUCAGAUCAGAAAUCUCUGGCUGCUGUACAGGCUUUAUUAUUAAAUCAAGGACCACCAAGGGCUUCAGAUAUACCAUGGAUUGCUUUAAUUGGUCAAUCUGUUUCAAUUGCUACUGCACAGUCUGGUUCUGUUGGCUCUGAAAAUUCUUUGGAAACUGCAUGGAGAGCCGAGAGUGAAAGUCUGAAAUCCAUACUGACUGGAGCCCCUCAGAGUAAACUGGGUAGAAUUGCUUUGGUGGAUGCUUUGGCUCAUCAAAUACGGAACCGUAUGAAAGUCAGACUUCCAAACCUAUUAUCAGGGCUACAAGGAAAGUCUCAGAUUGUUCAAGAGGAGUUAUCGAAACUUGGUGAUCAAAUGGGGGAAAGUGCUGAAGGGACAAGAGCCGUAGCUUUGCAGCUCUGCCGUGAAUUUGAAGAUAAAUUUCUUCAGCACAUUGCAACUGGUGAGGGUGCUGGAUGGAAAGUUGUUGCUAGUUUUGAGGGAAACUUUCCGAACAGAAUCAAGCAGCUCCCUCUAGACAGACAUUUUGACAUCAACAAUGUCAAGAGGAUUGUGUUAGAAGCUGAUGGUUAUCAACCAUAUUUGAUAUCCCCUGAAAAGGGUUUGCGAUCUUUGAUAAAAGGUGUUCUAGAGCUUGCAAAAGAACCAUCUCGUCUUUGUGUUGAUGAGGUUCAUCGCGUUCUAGUGGAUAUAGUUUCUGCUGCUGCAAAUUCUACACCAGGUCUUGGAAGAUACCCACCUUUCAAGAGAGAGAUUGUCGCUCUCGCAAGUGCUGCAUUAGAUGGAUUUAAGAAUGAAGCGAAGAAAAUGGUAGUUGCACUGGUUGACAUGGAGCGGGCUUUUGUGCCUCCACAACAUUUUAUUCGAUUGGUACAAAGGAGGAUGGAGAGGCAGCGUCGAGAGGAGGAAGUGAAAUAUAAAUCAUCAAAGAAAGGUCAAGAGGCAGAGCAAGCAAUAUUGAACAGGGCAACUAGUCCUCAAACUGGUGGUCAACAAAGUAGUGGAAGCCUGAAAUCAAUGAAGGAAAAACCAGGCAAAGAGGACAAAGAACUACAGGAAACUUCUGGUUUGAAAACUGCAGGUCCAGAAGGGGAAAUAACAGCAGGUUUUCUGUUAAAGAAAAGUGCCAAAACAAGUGGAUGGAGUAAAAGAUGGUUUGUCCUAAACGAGAAGACCGGAAAGCUUGGUUACACUAAGAAGCAAGAGGAGAGACAUUUCCGUGGUGUGAUCACUUUGGAGGAAUGUAACGUUGAGGAGGCUUCAGAUGAGGAAGAAGCUUCUUCUAAGAGUUCAAAGGACAAGAAAGCUAAUGGACCAGAUUCUGGAAAAGGACUCAUCUUCAAGAUCACGAGCAAGGUUGCAUAUAAAACCGUUCUUAAAGCACAUAACGCUGUUGUCUUGAAGGCUGAAAAUAUGGCUGACAAGCUUGAAUGGAUGAAUAAGAUACGAAGUAUUAUUCAACCUUCCAGAGGACAAAUGAAGGGUUCUGAAAGUGGUCUUCCAAUGCGGCAGAGUCUUUCGGAUGGUUCUCUUGAUACGAUGAAUAGAAGACCCGUUGAUCCUGAAGAGGAACUACGGUGGAUGUCCCAAGAAGUUCGUGGCUAUGUUGAAGCUGUCUUGAACAGUUUGGCUGCGAAUGUUCCGAAAGCAGUUGUACUCUGCCAAGUUGAGAAAGCCAAGGAAGAUAUGUUAAAUCAGUUGUAUAGUUCCAUCAGUGCUCACAGCACAACAAGGAUAGAGGAGCUACUUCUCGAGGAUCACAAUGUAAAGAAUAAGAGAGAGCGUUGCCAAAAACAAUCAUCUCUUCUUUCUAAAUUGCUACGCCAACUCAGCAUACAUGACAACCAAGCUGCUGCUGCAGCCAACUGGUCCGAUAGCGGUGCAGAAAGCAGUCCGAAAAUGAGUGCUUCAUCAGGAGAAGACUGGAAAUCUGCAUUUGACGCUGCAGCCAACGGUCGUGCGAACUACAAUAGAACUUCAUCCAAUGGUCAUAGUCGACGUUAUAGUGAUCCAGAUCAAAACGGGGAUUCAAACUCACGUUCAAGUUCCAACAGUCGUCGCACUCCGAACCGGAUGCCUCCACCCCCUCCACCAUCUUCGGGUUCAAAAUACUAUUAGCUGGACUGAGUUUAUACAAUUUGACAUUUUGCUUAUCUUCAUCAAUAUUUUUUUUGUCGGUUGGCACACCAGAGUUUGGGUACUCCAAUCUUCUUACAUUCAUAUGUUUCUACUAGUCCGGUACCGGGGUGAGUCGGUGACCAGUAGACUUCCCUUUGGAAUCUUGAAAGAAGAUUGGGGUGUACAUAGAAAUCGAAGUUCCAUAUUAGCUUCCAGGGUCGACCUUGCCCCACAUUACGAUAUUCGACUCAAAAGAGUAUCCUUGAAAUCUACCAAUAUAUUCUUAUUCCUUCACAUUCA